UUCCUCUCCUCAGAUCUCAGGAACCCAGAGCUGGUGUCACCCUUCCGCAGCGACAGUCCGGUGCCCGCAGCCCCCACGCCCAGCAAUGCCGCCAGGGAGCUGGCCACGGACCCCGAGCUGGAGAAGAAGCUGCUGCAGCACCUCUCCGACCUGGGACUGGCUCUGCCCACUGAUGCCCUCUCCAUCUGCCUGGCCAUCUCUACGCCAGAGGCGCCCGUCACCCAGCGCAGCGUGGAGGGCCUUCUACAGAAGUUUGCGGCGCAGGAGUUGAUCGAGGUGCGCCGGGGGCUGUUGCAGGACGAUGAGGAGCAGCCCACGCUGGUCACUUACGCUGACCACUCCAAGCUCUCAGCCAUGAUGGGCGCCGUGGCAGAGCGCAAGGGCCCUGCAGAGCAGGGCAGCACUGGGGGCCAGAAGCGAUGGGCAGAGCAGGAGACUGGGGGUGCUGUUUCUUCCCCCGCCGGCACUGCUCCCUCUGCCUCAGCCGCCUUGGAGCCGGCCAAGGAGCCGGCCAAGAAGUCUCGGAAGCAGGCAUCCGACCUGGACCUGGAGAUUGAGAGCCUGUUGAGCCAACAGUCCACCAAGGAGCAGCAGAGUAAGAAGGUGAGCCAGGAGAUCCUGGAGCUGCUGAACACCACAACGCUCUGGGAAGGGGGGGGUUGGUGGGUUAGAGGGAGAGGUCCAGCUGGGCGAAGGGCAGGGUCGAUAACCCGGACACCUGGGUUCCACGUCCGUGUAUCUUUCCCUUCCCCGCGUCUGCCCAGGCGCAUUAUUAACAAGCACACAGAUGAGUCCCUGGGCGACUGCUCCUUCCUCAACACCUGCUUCCACAUGGACACCUGCAAGUACGUGCACUAUGAGAUCGACGCCUGCGCUGACCUAGCGGCCCCCGGGGGCCACGAGCACAACCCUGGGCAGGAACUGGCGCUGCCCCAGGCAGUGGGCGGGGACCCCAGCAUCGACCGCCUCUUCCCCCCACAGUGGAUCUGCUGUGACAUCCGCUACCUGGACGUCAGCAUCCUGGGGAAGUUCGCAGUGGUCAUGGCCGACCCACCCUGGGACAUCCACAUGGAGCUGCCCUACGGCACCCUGACCGACGACGAAAUGCGGCGCCUCAACAUCCCGGUGCUGCAGGACGAAGGCUUCCUCUUCCUCUGGGUCACUGGUCGGGCCAUGGAGCUGGGCCGCGAGUGCCUCAAUCUCUGGGGGUACGAGCGGGUGGACGAGAUCAUCUGGGUGAAAACCAACCAGCUGCAGCGAAUCAUCCGCACGGGGCGGACAGGGCACUGGCUGAACCAUGGCAAGGAGCACUGCCUGGUGGGGGUCAAGGGGAACCCCCAGGGCUUCAACCGGGGCCUGGACUGCGAUGUCAUCGUGGCUGAGGUCCGCUCCACCAGCCACAAGCCGGACGAGAUCUAUGGUAUGAUCGAGCGCCUCUCCCCUGGCACCCGCAAGAUUGAGCUCUUCGGCCGCCCCCACAACGUGCAGCCCAACUGGAUCACCCUGGGCAACCAGCUGGACGGCAUCCACCUGCUGGACCCGGACGUGGUGGCGCAGUUCAAGCAGCGCUACCCUGACGGCAUCAUCUCCAAGCCCAAGAACAUGUAGGGGAAGGGGGGUAUUUUGUAAUAAAACACGAGAACCGAU